AAAAACAAUCAUUUUCUCAAAAGAAAAAAAAGUCUGAAGAAAUCAAAGGCAGCAAUGGCGACGAGGUGCGUCUCUUCCCUCGCCCUCCUCUCCCCCACCCCGUCCCCCUCCAGCUCCGGGAAGGCCUGCGUCCCCUCCGCCGCCGCGCACCGUCGCCCCAGGACCCGCCUUUCGGUGGCCACCGGCGGGGAGCAGCUCGUCACUGCGCAGGAGGCGUCCCAGGAACCUGAUUAUGGAGUUGUUAGUGUUCAUCAUGUUGGAAUCCUAUGUGAAAAUCUUGAAAGGUCGAUGGCCUUCUACAAGGACCUCCUUGGUCUUAAGGUGAAUCCUGCUAGGCCAACUGACAAACUUCCGUACAGAGGUGCUUGGCUCUGGGUUGGUUCUGAAAUGAUUCACUUGAUGGAGCUGCCAAAUCCUGAUCCAUUGACAGGGCGCCCAGAGCAUGGGGGACGUGAUCGUCAUACCUGUAUAGCAAUCAAAGAUGUAUCGAAGUUAAAAGAAAUAUUUGACAAAGCUGGAAUCAGAUACACUCUCAGCAAGUCAGGGCGACCAGCCAUCUUCGCUCGGGACCCCGACGAAAAUGCACUGGAGUUCACACAAGUGUGAAAACUGAACCUUGCAUUUUUCAACAAGAAGAGCUCAUAGCCUUACUGCAGCAACCAAUAUCUGGCUGGGGAAAAACUGCUUGUACAUAUCACCGUAUCAGUCAACUGGGUUACUACAUGAUGAUAGAUUGAUAGUAAUAAACUUGUAUGUUGAUAUCGAACCCCUGGAAAUAUUUUCAGAUGGGUUUGUACAUUCAAGUGUAUUGUUACUGACAGAUGAAUCUUGUAAACUUCCCGUUUCGAGAUUAGUACACAUAUACACUCCUCAUUCUAA